GAAGGUUUUCUCUUUCAGCCGACUCCUUUUCCUUUCCAAUUUCUCUUUCCUUCUCUCUCUCAUGGAAGAAACCUCGAAAGACGGAGUCGACUCAGUGCAGUCGAACGAUGCGGCGAUCUCGGAGGAUUUUCUAGCAGCAGAGAUUCUGAUGCAGCUCUCGGAGCGGAAGCCGACUCCGAAGCCGCUGCGGUGGGGUUUCAGACAGCCGAGGUCGAGGCAGAUAUUGAGGAGCGGAGUCUUACAAGCGAAGGAGAUGGAAGCGAGCCGAGCGAGAGCAAGCCCGACGACGCCGCUGUCUUGGAGCGGCGGCUCGUCGGGCAGCGCCGACGGCUGCGAAGAGUUGAGCCGGUCUCGGAAGCGGCUUGCGGGAGUGAUCGACGACGAGAAAUCCAAGAUUACUGUAAACGAAGUUACCCCACUGAGGUUAAGCAUCAGAAGGACAAAAAAGAAGACGUAUGCUGAAUUGAAGAAAGAGGUGGAUAUGUUGUUGUUGGAGAAGUCCAACUUGAAGAAGGAGUUUGAAAGUCUUGACAAUGCUUGCAAAGAUCUGAGGGUGAAGAAUGAGGGCUUGAAGAAACUGCAGUUGAGUUUGGAGAUUCCAACACCAAACGAAAUGACGAAGGCAGCAUUGGAUGCUUCAGCAAAGGCCCACUUGCAAUUCGAUCUUAAUCUACCAGCUCCAGAGGAGGGCGAGGCUGCUUUGGGCUCCGAUGACAUCUAUGGGAUGAGCUGAGAUCCAGCGGUUGAGUGUUGUGGUUCGAAUGAGUUGAGAUUCAAAGGAUCUCUACUUAUAUGAAUAACGACCAACCCCUAACAUUAACCCACCAGGGGCAAGCAAGCAAGCGGAAGUCAAGUGUAUAUACAUGGGCCUGUAACCUUUCCCCGAGUAGUCUUGAGGGGCUUUUGGACGGCUCAGGAAAGUCCAACGAAUGAAGAUUCCCAAAGAGAGGUCCUUCCUGACUUUCUGGUUUUACUAAUUCCUUAUUUUCUUCCUCAUACAUAAUGUGAUUAUUAUUAUUACUAUUGUUAUUAUUACUGGACGGGGACCUCGGAGGCUCAUCUGUUGCAAUUUUGUCCAUGUCACCUAACCAGUCAGUUACGUGGUUUACUCUUCCUUGAUAUUCUUGUAGGAUUUUGUGAUGCUGAAGUAAUAAAGUUAUGCUUUUCUUCUUUUC